GAAGGUUCAAUAGCUUGUUAGUUGAGGAGAAACAGUGAACUGAGUUCUCGUGGUUGACAGAGGUUAUUGUGGGGUGAAAGUGGGCAACGUUGACAAUUUUAACAACGGGAGUAGAUUAGAUUGUGUGUACGAAGUAAGAUCAAACUCCGAAAUUUAGUGUCAUAUCGCACAAAGGAUUUCACUGCAGUGUUGCACUGUACAGGGACGCAAAAAUGUCGUCUCCAAGUCCGGGCAAGAGGCGAAUGGAUACCGACGUGGUGAAACUCAUUGAAAGCAAACAUGAAGUUACUAUCCUGAGUGGACUGAACGAGUUUGUGGUGAAGUUUUACGGACCACAAGGAACGCCAUAUGAAGGAGGAGUGUGGAAAGUGCGGGUAGAUCUACCAGACAAAUACCCGUUCAAGUCUCCGUCUAUAGGUUUUAUGAAUAAAAUAUUCCACCCAAACAUCGACGAAGCAUCAGGCACUGUCUGCUUAGACGUCAUCAACCAGACAUGGACAGCCCUUUACGAUCUCACCAACAUCUUUGAGUCCUUCUUACCUCAGUUAUUAGCAUACCCUAAUCCCAUUGAUCCAUUAAAUGGAGAUGCAGCUGCCAUGUACCUCCAUCGGCCAGAGGAAUACAAACAGAAAAUCAAAGAAUACAUCCAGAAAUAUGCAACAGAAGAGGCUCUUAAGGAGCAAGAGGAAGGCGCUGGGGACUCCUCUUCAGAGAGCAGCAUGUCGGAUUUCUCAGAGGACGAGGCCCAGGACAUGGAGUUGUAGGGUCAUCCUGACUCCUUUCCUCACAAAGACUAUGAUGUUUUUCCUAAAUAUCUGAAGCAGACUUAUGAUAUUCAUAUUUAAACAUGGCAAUUUUUUAUUACUAAACAGGAAUUUUUAUGACUAUAUUAUUAGCGUUUGUGUUAAAUGGCACCCUUUUGUGAGGGUUUUUUUUUUUUUUUUUAAUUUCUUGAUCAUCUUCCCUUCAAAUUUCACAAAGCAUCGUCAAGUCCUGUCCCACAAGAGUAGUAGCCCAGUCUGACUGCAUGAGACGACUCAUACCCCAGUCAUUAUUUGUCACAGAAAAAAAAAUGGGGCUGAUGUUGAUAAGUGGUGGCCUCCUACACCGACUGGAAAAAAAAUGGAAAAGGAAACUGUUGCUGCAUCAUAGCAACACUAAUAUGGUCACUUUCACAAAUGGCCACUUUUCGUCUGUUUUGAAUUGAGCUGUUUAUUUUUACAGUAUACAAGUAGUUAUAUAUGGACCCGAGUAAGGAUUUCAAAGGCUUGUGCUCGUUAUCUACUACCUUAUUUGCCUCUUGCAAAUUUUCUCUGCGGAUUUUGGAUUUCUUGCUUACUCUGAGUUGUGUGUGGGAGGGUGGGACAAAGGGGUGUUGUGGACACAAACAUCAGCAAGACCUUUUUUAUAUGCACAAUGGAUAUUUUCACCUAAUUGUUCGUAUUAAGAGCAUCUUGUGUACAUAGAACGUGGCGCCAAACUGAGGAUCAGAGGCUUUUCUGAUCUGAGAUGGGAACUCUUUAUAGGCAUCAACCAAGACACUCUUCAGGUGAACUGUUGCCUGACCACGAGACUGCUGUCAAGGCUGUAGACAUCUGUAGUGAAAUGCAGCGAUUCGUUAAGCCUCGGCCCCAUCUGGUUUUGUGUCUUAUGUGUCUUUUAUCCUUUGCUCGUGACCACAAGGAUUAUUUACACGGAGAUACCCACAAUAAAAUGUCCUGAGCAUUGCUUUUAAAAUAGCCUGCAGAUAUUUUGGGUAACUGGCUGUGUGUAUGUAUACAUCUUGUGUAGGCUAAUCAGUAUUCAGUUUUUAUUUGGGGAGUGGGAAGGGGGAGGGAGGGGCGUAGAGUGUGUUUCAUUUAUCUUGUUUUUCCAGAUUGUUAACACAUCAAUGUGUUAAUUCAAAAUAGUCCCGCAUAUCAUUCUCCAUGUUGCCAGUCUCGACAAUGGCUUUGUAUCAUGACAAAUAAUUAUUAUGUCAGCAGGAUUUGCUAUUCUGUUAAGUCACUAUACAAGACACUGUACAAGCCAAGUCAUGUAAAGAAAACCAGUUGUAUUCCCUGAAAAGAGGAAAUGGCAAUAAAGAGCGAUGUGGGGGAAACAAAUUAUAUGUUUGGAAAUGAAGGCCUAGUGACUCUCUAGUUGGAACAAGCAGUUGGUUAUUUGUUUGUUAUAUUUGAACUCUGAAACAAACAAGCCAGCGCGUCUUGAAAAUAGAUUGACUGUUGACAUCUUGACGGAAGGCAUUGUAAGGGACGACAGACUGACAUUUUUUCUUGAAAGUAACGAAGCAAGCCAAACUUUGAGGAUUUCCAUUUCGAAAGCACUCUGAUCUGUCUAUUGCCUGUUAAGUUACAUAUUUAUACCUGCUGGAGUUAAAAUAUUUCAUACAGGGGAAAAAUAAUAAGGGGUAUCAGUCUCUCUAAUGAGGAAACUAUAGUUGAUACAGACUAAUUAAUUAUCCACUAGAUUGUCACUAGGUUUUCAAUACAAGUAUAUGCUAAUGAGCAGCAGUACUUUUCAUGGUUCUGGCAUUUGACAUUUCACUGGGGUGACCAGAGCUUACCUGAGUUCUGUAGGCUAUUGGCAUUUGAUAGAUUUUAGUGUUUGAAUCAACCAAUAAAUUCAUGCUGAAUGAACGGGCCAAGAA